ACGGUUCAACAAGAGUGCGCGCAGGCGACUCCCAUAGAUGUCGGUUGUGCACGUCUCGUGGAUCUCACUAUGUACGAUCACUGACAACCGCUACAAUACUUCGUCCUACAAAACUGCGGUAUGAAACUUCAUGUUGAAUUAACUUCUCCUUCGGCGCGGAAGUGUGGAGGAUGGACGUUUCGUCCUACAGGUGUGCGUGCGCGUUUUAAACUGACAGCUAGCGCUCCGCUGACUUUUCGUGCCGCGUGAUUGUACGAAUAUACACUCGCCAAAGUAUACGUAGACGGCAAAGCAGCGUGUGUCUCGGAUCGCAAUGGAAGGAGGUGGUGAGGUUGUGACAGAGGUGCCGAGUUCGCUAAAGAAGCUCGUCCGGCUAACAAUUCGGGGUUUCUACAGCGUGGAGCAUGUAAUCGUCGUCGAUAUGCUCAUUCGAAAUCCCUGCGUCAAGGAGGACGAUCUGGCGGAUCUCCUCAAGCUGGAGAAGAAGCAGCUGCGAGCUGUUGUCGCUCAGCUCAAAAGUGAUCGCUUCGUCAAGGUCCGACUGCGGAUGGAAACAGGUAGCGACGGCAAGGCGACCCGCCAAAACUACUACUACAUAAACUACAAGGUUUUCGUGAACGUCGUCAAAUACAAGCUCGAUCACAUGCGUCGUAAGAUUGAGACCGAGGAGCGCGACUCGACGAGUCGCGCGUCGUUCCGUUGCACGGGCUGUUCCAAGAGCUUCACGGACCUAGAAGCGGACCGCUUGCUCGACUUCGCCAGCGGCCAGUUCCGUUGCAGCUACUGUUGCGCGCCGGUUGAAGAGGACCAGGCAGCCCUGCCGCGGCAGGACUCGCGUCUCCUGCUGGCGCGGUUCAACGACCAGAUACAGCCCCUGUACACGCUUCUUCGCGAGUUGGACGACGUGCGACUCGCGCCGCAUUUGCUCGAGCCCGAGCCGACGGACCUCAGCGCGGUGUUGCAGCAGAGCCGCCGUGCCGGGGGGCGCGCCAGUCCGACGCUCCAAAUGCAGUCAGGCGCGCAUGGCCGGUCCAGGGAUGGUCCCUGGAGCGGCGACGCCACGCGCCACCAAGGUUCGGGACAGGGCGCCGGCAUCACCGUCAACCUGGGCGAAGCGACCCCUUCGGCUCCUUCGGCACCCCAGCGCGAGGCGCCAGCGUGGAUGGUCCACAGUACAGUUCUCGACACGCCGACCGCGCCGGUUAAUGUACCUGAAGAAGUGGCUCCUGUCAUCUCUGAAACGGGAUCACGGCCCCACAGUGCCAUCAUGGAAACACUAUUGGCACAUGAGAAGCAGCCUGUUGUGCAGCCACCAAAGGACUCAAGUGACUCGGAAGACGCCCAAGGUAUGCCUGAGCCGGUGCGAGAUGUUGCGCAGUCUGAAGAGGAAGAAGACGACGAGGAAGAGGAGGAGACCCAGGUUAUGGUGGAAGGGAAGCCAGUGCCUUUGCAGGACGUCACAGAGGAAAUGGUGGCCCGCAUGACGAGCACCGAAAAAGAGGACUACAUACGGCUCCGGCAAGAGCUGUACUCCAUGAUGUACGAGUGACACAAUAGUGCAGACAACACACUGUUUUUUUUUGUGUUUUAAUACAUGGCUCAGACACGCA